AUGGUUCGUAAACUCAAGCAUCAUGAACAGAAACUUUUGAAAAAGGUCGAUUUUCUGGAUUGGAAACAAGACCAGGGUCACAGAGAUACCCAGGUUAUGCGAACAUACCACAUCCAGAAUAGAGAAGACUAUCAUAAAUACAAUAAACUGUGCGGUGACGUGCGUCAUAUUUCACACAGACUUUCACUUCUGCCGCCUACCGAUCCCUACAGAACCAAGCAUGAACAGCUGCUGCUGGAGAAACUAUACGCCAUGGGAAUUCUAACAACAAAAUCCAAGAUUUCCGACCUUGAAAACAAAGUCACAGUUAGCGCUAUUUGCAGGAGGCGUCUGCCCGUUAUUAUGCACAGACUCAAAAUGGCAGAAACCAUAUCAGAUGCCGUUAAAUUCGUGGAGCAAGGCCAUGUUAGAGUUGGUCCCAAUCUCAUCACAGAUCCUGCGUUUCUAGUCACACGGAAUCUGGAAGACUACGUAACCUGGACAGACAGCUCGAAAAUCAAGAAGACGAUUCUCAGAUAUAGAAAUCAAAUUGAUGAUUUUGAUUUUGCAUAA